CUCCAACACCGAGUCAAAUUCUCUCCAUUGUGAGGCGUCAUGCCUCUAUCAAUAUACUUUCUCUUUCGGGCUUCUGUCCUCCUGGCUAUCGCAGCUGUCGCUUAUCAAGUUGGCCUCCCUAACUUCUUCAUCUUCAAAGUGAUCCGACAGAUCUUCUCUACCACUCAUUGUUACAUAUCUGUCAAAACUCUAUCAUCGGGGUUACCCCAUGCGGAAUGCUUCACUGUAUCUGGAGAUGGCAGGUUUGGAAGAAUUUUUCUCGAUGAGACUUCGUAUGAUGUCGUGAAAGAGCGUCGGACAGGUCAUGUGAUUCCGGGCCUCUGGGAUGGCCAUGGGCAUCUGCUUCAGUAUGGCGAGUUGAUGAACUCGGUCACUCUAUUUGGAGCCAACUCGAUGGAAGAGGUCAAAGAGAGGCUUGUCGACUACAAAGACAGUCACGAGGUAGCGGGAACGAACGAGCAGUGGUUGAGAGGCGUAGGUUGGGACCAAGCAAGCUUUGGGGGUAAUUGGCCUGUCGCCUCAGACCUAGAGAUUGGUGGAAAUUUCAAAGAUUUAUAUGUAAUGCUAGAUCGCGUGGAUGUGCACUGCAUAUGGGUCUCUGAAAAAGUUCUCUCUCUCCUGCCAUCCCCGCUGCCGUACAUAUCUGGAGGGGAAAUCCCCGCAAAGGGAGUCUUCUGUGAUAAUGCGAUCGACAUCGUCAUGAAAUACUACCCGAAGCCGAGUAAGGAGAGGAAGACUCAAUUCAUUAGAGAUGCAAUGUGGGAUCUAAAUAAGCUGGGGAUCGUUGGUAUACAUGAUGCUGGUGUACAUGCCGAUGAAGUCAAGCUCUACGAGGGGCUCGCUAACCAAAAAUAUUGGACAGUUCGGGUAAACGCAAUGGUGGAAUGUGAGGCGCGGAACACGUUCUGCCCAGGCAACAUCUCUAAAAUGAGUAGCAAAAACGGAAUGUUGCAUGUGCGCAGUGUCAAACUAUUCGCUGAUGGAGCCCUCGGAAGCUGGGGCAGUGCCAUGAUUGAACCCUAUAGCGACCGCAAGGAUUCAUCCGGAUCCCUCCUUAUAAAUACCACGACGCUCUCUAGGCUGACCAAGGAGUGGGCAACGGCAGGAUAUCAAGUAAAUAUUCACGCUAUUGGGGAUCUUGCAAACCGGCUAGCUAUUGACGCUUUCACCUCGGCUCUAGAUACACUUUGCCCAGAAUCUACUCGCUGGGAAUGCCAAGCUAGGCAUCGAUUCCGUAUUGAACAUGCACAAAUCAUUCACCCAGAUGACCAGCGUCGGAUUAUAGAGAUCGGUAUCAUCCCGUCCAUCCAGCCAACACACGCGACAUCUGAUAUGUCAUAUGCCGAGACAAGACUAGGCAAAGUCCGUACAACAGAAGAAGCCUAUCGUAUGCGGAGUCUAAUAUCUCUGAACCCCGUGCUUGGAAGCGACUUUCCUGUCGAGCCAGCGAACAUCUUUGAAGGAAUAUAUGCUGCAGUUACACGGCGGAGCCCUCGGACCGGUCUAGAUGCGAAUGGUGAGACAAACGGUUGGUAUUCUGAGGAAAAGAUCACUCUCAAAGAAGCUCUUGAAGGGUUCACAGUGAAUCCGGCCUACGGGGCCUUUUUGGAAGGAAAAGCUGGUGUUAUCGAGGAGGGGGCGUAUGCGGAUUGGAUCGUGCUUGACGAGCCACUUGAAGGCUUGGACCUUGAAAGCCUGCGCAAAGUGACUGUACGAGAAACGUGGGUUAGCGGGAAGAGGGUGUACAAACGACCAGGGCCGGAGAAUCUUCGUGGGCGGUAAAGGCUAGGAGUUAACGCUGCU